AUGCAUUCCAUACCAGGAGUGCUACGGACUGUUAAACAGAACCACCAUUUUCCAGGCAAUACAUUACAUCUCGAACCCAAUCAGUAUCAUUCGAUCGUUCCGAUUGGCGGAGCAAAUAGCAAGAUAUUAACAUUCGUUGCUAGACGACUUUGCUCAACAGCUGCAGAAACGACAUUCGUACUAAGCUCAUCAGAUAGCAUUCAAGCACCGACCGACGAGAUUCGACCAGCAACGGCAGAAGAGCGGCAACUGAUUCAUGAGAAGCUUAUAAUGUAUGCAUGGAUGAAAUUAAUUGAAUUCUACUUACAAGACUAUCGCAACACAAAAAGAACACUUGCUCGUGCAUUUCGCUUAUACGUAAAAACAAGAGAAAUGUAG